GAACAGAAUUGUCAAUCUCUCCUUGCUGUACAAACCACCACAUUUGAAUGCGGUGGAAGAGCCAUUGGAGUUUGCAUGCUUCACAAGGUUGUAGAUGCAUCUGCAAUGAGUGCUUUCUUGAAAACAUGGGCCAAGCUUACCCAGGGUGAAGGUGAUCGAUAAAACACUAGAUCCAGACUUCACCUCAGCAAUCUCUCUAUUCCCUCCAAUGGAUUCAUUACCAACUAAGUUCAUAAGGAAUUUGGAGAACUUCUAUUUCCAAGGCUCAAAAUCGCCAAUGAGAAGGUUCUUGUUCGACUCCAAAGCCAUAAAAGCUCUCAAAGCUAACACAUCUAGCCAAAGUGUUCCUUUUCCAUCUAAGAUUGAAGCGUUAACAGCUUUUCUUUGCAAACGGAUUGCAGCAGCCUCUAAAUUCCUUACAGAUGUACCAAAGACUUUAGCGAUCACGCAUGUUGCAAAUUUAAGGCCUCGCGUUGAUCCACCUUUGCCGCAAAACAUUUUUGGAAACCUUCUAUGGAUACCCAUUGCAUUUUAUGACCCUUUGGAUGCCAGCAUGGAGUUGCCUGAUUUGGCAAUAAUGCUAAGGGAGGUGUUUGCGCGAUUAACGGCGGAGAACGUUAAAGAAAUAGAGAGCGAGUCUACACUCACGACCCUCAACGAGUUGUUUAGUGUGUCAACAAAUGAGAAGAUAAAGAUUUUCAGAUUCACAAGCUGGUGCAAUAUGGGAAUAUAUGAUGUUAAUUAUGGUUGGCAAAAGCCUGUUUGGGUAGCUCAUAUGGGGGAUUUGGAUGCUGCUAAUAUUCGAUCCAAACAUCAGUUUGUCUUUUUAGAAAGUGCAUGCAAAGAGGGGAUAGAGUUGUGGAUUGCAUCUGAUGAUGAAGAGAUUAGGGUUGUGGAAAAGGAUCCAGAGUUUCUCGGAUAUGCCAAGCCAAAUCCAAGUAUUUGCAAAUAAAUGGCUCAUUUGGAGAAAGGUUCAAAGAAAUUAUCAACUUUCUACAAAUGUGUCUUGGAAGUGAGAGAGAAGUGUUAUGCAUCUUACUAAAUUUGGCUGACAUAAAUGUUCUCUCUCCAUUGUAUGUUCUCUUGCAUUUUUCAUUAUCUAUUGUGUGCUUAGUUUUCCAAUAAUAUACUGCGGUGUUUCAAAUGAAGUACGCAUUUUCAUUUAA